UUUUGGGCGCAAGCGCAUAUCGAGCUGCGCUGCAUAUUAAGGGCAGACUCACGCGCUGCUAGGAUCUCUACUAAAGAAAUUGUGCUAGGUAGAACCAGUGCGACGCCGCGCACCACUAAGCACCCAUGCUGCGCCGCAUCGCCUUGCGCCAGGCGCGGCGAGCGCAGCGCCGUCGUCUCAGCAGCGACGCCGCGGCGCAGCACCGCCCGUCACGCGCAAACCGCCGCGCGUACCUCGCCGGCCUGCGCGACCGGCGCGACGCCUUGGAGGCCGCGCACGGCGCGCCGGCGCUGCACGUGGCGACGGCCGUCGAGCGCACGCCCGUGGUGAUGCCGGACCCCGAGGACUGGGAGCUCGAGAUGUGGGAGCUCCAGGCACGGCUCGAGGAAUUUGAAGGUUUUGACUAUCCGCCGUCCGUGCUCAACGCCGGCGCGCGCGGCGCACCAAAAGAGAGGAGCGGCCCGCCAAAGAAUAUACCGGAGGAGAUCCUCGCGCUCGCGAACCGCGAGACGGACGCCGACCGCGCCGAUGACCGCCAAUCGCUCGAGCGGCGCCUCGCCGACUCGCUCUACCUGCUGGUGAAGAGCGGCGGCGCGUGGACGCUGCCGGGCGUCGCGCUGGACGAGGAGGAGUCCGUCCGCGACGCCGCGCUCCGCGCGCUCGACGAGCACUGCGGCGACGACCUGUACACUUAUGUAUUAGGCGCGGCGCCCGUCGGCGUCUGGGACGCGGACGCGGACGGCUACCGGCGCGAGUUCGUGGCCAAGGCCAUCGUCGUCGACCCCUACGCCUCGGGGCCGCCGGCCUGCGCGGACUACGUCUGGGCGGCGAAGGACGAGCUCGACGGCUACCUCGCCGACGACGCGUACCUCGAGUUCCUGCGGAAGCUGCUCUGAGAUAUCUAUCUGUUCGUAAAUAACCUUAACAACA